AUGGAAGAGAAGGACGAUGUGGCUAAAGCAGAAUUUUGCAAAUGUGGCCUCGUUAAAGAUAAUGGGACAAGUAAAGUGUGCGAUUGCAAGUGCAAUUGUGUUGUGCAAUUGGGUGUCGCUAAAAAAUACAUAAAAGACUGGAUAGAUGUGCAAAAUACUUUUUCAAAUAAAGUUUCGAUAAGCGAAAAGGAGUUAGUUCCGAUUAACGAAAAAGAAUCAUUGUACCCGUCUAGUUGUAUGAAAGCAGCAGCAAAGAAAUUGAGGAGUGGCAUUUAUAAAAUUAAUAUAGAAAAGUUGAAUAUCAGCGAAUUGGAAGUGUUUUGCGAGGAGGACGUUGAUUUUGGGGGAUGGAUAGUUGUUCAACGCCGUGUAAGCGACUCAGUGGAUUUUUAUAGAACUUGGGAUGAAUAUAAGGAAGGAUUUGGAGAUUUAAAGGGAAACUAUUGGAUUGGUUUAGAAAAACUACACGUGCUCACUAAAAGCUGUGAACAGGAGUUGUAUAUUCAAUUGGCAAGACGUAACGGUAAAAAAUACUACGCGAAAUAUUCACAGUUUCGUAUUGGUGGCGAGUCAAAAAACUUUGCUUUGUUGAAAGUGGGUAAUUACAGCGGUACUGCUAUCGAUUCUUUAACUUAUCAUUUGGGAAUGCCAUUUUCAACGCAUGAUCACGAUAAGGAUGUUAGUAAAAAUAAUUGUGCACAGGUGCAUAGAGGUGCUUGGUGGUUUCGCCGAUGCUAUACCUGUCAUCUAAAUGGAGUCUACGGAAACCGCACAUCCGGGAUAAACUGGAAUAGCUUAUCGACAGAGGAAUCUUUUGUGUUUUCGCAAAUGAUGAUACGACCAGCUCACGUAUUCUGGAGACGAAUGAUGUUGAGCAAUUCAAUUCGGUGUGCCUAAAAAACACCAUUUUAACUAUUCGCCUUAUUAACGAGCAUGACUUUAUUGACCAAUUAUACAAACUUAAUUUUCCCAUGUACUUAUGUUCAAAUGCGUAACUAAGCUUUUCAAUUUGUUCUGUUCUAUUAUAAUAUAUAUGUUAACA